AUGGAGGGUUUGCCGCGGCUGAGCGCGCUGGGGCGCGUCUCCUUCCACCCCGUCUCCUCCGUCGGAGACUUCCGCAGGGGCGGAAGUGUCUCCUUUUGUCCCCUUUUUUGCCACCACUUUUUUGCUGCUGAGGAGAAAAUAAUUGGAUUUGAAAAGGUGCAGGUGCGGCUCUUCUUCACGCCCACCACCUUCCAGGUGUACGUACACCUCAGCGGCCAAGUCAGCAGCAAAGCAGCAAACCCCACAAAAGUCCGCAGCAAACUUCUGCAGCAACUCACGCAGCAAGUCCCUUUUCCCGGAAGGGUUUGCAAAACCCCCGCCGAGUUCGAACAGCGGAUCCGAGAA